GGCGGUCCGAGCGCGCACGAAUGUCGGCGACUAAUCACGAAGCGGUUUACACGGUCGCGCGUCCCAACUCGUCUAGUGUGUUUUUGACAUCGGUGAACGCAGUCGUGAACUUCGGAGCGGACCGAUAUACUUUUUAUUUAUAGUUAAUCGAAUAAGUCGUGUGACGUUCGUGAAUACCUGUGUAGCCCGGGAUAUAAAUAUGAGUAUUGCUGCACUCAUCCAAGCCGCUGAAUACCUCGAAAGGCGAGACAGAGAAGCGGAACACGGGUAUGCGUUGAACCUGCCGGCGUACGAGGAGACCCGCUCGGGCGGGAGACGGCCGAAGACCAAGAAGUCGCAGGGCAGCAGGACCACUCAUAACGAGUUGGAAAAGAACAGGAGAGCGCACCUCAGAAGUUGCUUGGAGAAGCUCAAGGACAUGGUGCCACUAGGGCCCGAAUCCUCCAGACACACCACACUAGGAUUAUUAACAAAAGCCAAAAGAUUUAUAAAGAGUCUAGAAGAACGGGAAAAACGGCACGCGUCACACAGAGAGCAGCUCGCGCGCGAGCAGCGCUACCUGCGGCGGCGGCUCGCGCAGCUGCGCGCCUCGCCCUCAGCGCGGCUCUCAGAGUCGCUCACGCACACGCGCGCGGACUCUUGCUCGUCGCUCGAGAGCUCGUCCGGCGUGUCCACGGCCGAGCGGUCACCUUCUAGUGUCUCCGAGAGCGAUGAAGUGGACGUGAUUGGCUACACGUCCAACCAGAGCGACAGCGAGUCGCUGGUGUCGGGCCGCAGCGGCAGCGGAGACAGCGGCGUCUGCGAGCGCGCGCGGCGCGGGCGUCGCUCGCCGCGCAACGCGCGCCGCGCGCCCCGCAACACGAGGGUCUAGGUUUCAAGUGGGCGGAGCGAGCGUGACGUCAUAACUUUGUAACGUAAACAAUCGUAGAACAUUUUGUUGAUACAUGUACUAAGGCGACUGUUGUUUCUGUGACUGAACGUGACGAGUGCCCGCGCCGCGACUGACACGCCGGCGACCCUGGCGCCAUCUAGUCGCACCGAGCUCUGGUCGCCACGCGCCGGUCUUAACACCUCUGCAAGUUAUCACCGAGUACAAAAUUGCCAAAAACCCGUUUAUUUCAACUCUGCAAUAUCGCAUAUCGGUGUGGAUUCCAUUUUUCGGUUACAAUGAGCGCUCGAGUCGAUUUCAGAGGUGAAGGGGAUUAUACUUCCCCAAAUGCAAUGCCUGUCUCACUUUUUGUGUGUUACUCGCACAUUCCUUUUUAUAUUAAUCAAUUCGAGCGCAUAUUGUUUUCCGUUGUAGAUUCACAAAUUACAUCCGGUCUUUGUAAUUAGUUUUAGUUUAGCGUUGGGGUAAAUUCUUAAACAGUAAAAGAUUUUAAAACUAGUUUUGAAAACUUCAUGACUCUUCGUACAAAAUAAUACAUAUUGGGCUUCGAACGCCUUGUAUUUUCAUCAUCAUUGAUAUCGUGGUAAAUCAUGUUAUUUUACUAUACUUUAUUGAAUUUUCUAUCGGUCAUAUUGAAACGGUCUAGUUGAUCGUUACUCUCUAGGGUACUUAUCGUUAUUUUUCACAAACGUUGCUGAUUUAGCAAAAUGUUGUAUAGAUAAAUAUCAAUUUUAUAUUUGUAUAUAAUUAUUUUUCUUGUAAAAAAUCAAUCAAAUAGAAUUAGAUCUGUGAAUUUUAAGUGGACGUCUACAAAAACAUAUUGGGUUACAAGCCCACCAAAAAUAAUUAUAGAAAGGAUUCCAUUUAGUUCACGCGUACUAACCAGAUCAUUUCGGCCAUGUAGAUUUUUUAAACGUUCUGUACAGGCGGUCCCGCUAAACACCUCGCUGCGUCAAAGUAUUGGAUGCGAGUGUAUUUGAAAACGUGUGGUUCUCUCUUUAAAUAUUAUGUC